AUGUCGUUCAGCAUAGGGAAAGAUACCAAAGUUUCAAUUCGACACAAUGAGAACUUUGAUGAUCCUGUCUCUAAAGUUAUGCGUGACCAGGCAACAGGAGAGAUAUCUGAAGAGGCCGUUCGCGCAGAAGGCGAGGAGAAAGUAACGAUGUUUGUAUGGAUACUGGUCCUUGCCAGUAGUAUUUCAGGCCUUUUGUUCGGUUAUGAUACUGGAGUUAUUAGCGGCGCCCUAGUUAGCAUUGGAUCUGACCUUGGCCCAGCGCAAUUAUCCAAUACACAGAAAGAAUUGAUUACAUCGGCUACAACCCUUGGAGCACUCAUUGGAGGUCUCGCUGGGGGCAUGAUUUCAGACUUUGUUGGCCGCAAACCAGUCCUUGCCGCUGCAAAUGUCAUCUUUAUUGGUGGUGCGAUUGGCCAGGCCGCAUGUCACACAGUCACUGCCAUGAUCGGCGGUCGGUUUCUCAUUGGUAUCGGCGUUGGACUGGCAGCUUGCAUGGCCCCUCUUUUCAUUGCUGAACUCAGUCCGACGAAGCUGCGUGGUCGUUUGGUGACCGUGAACUCGGUAUUUAUUACUGUUGUCGCUUAUGGUAUUGGCGCUGCCUUCGAAUCUUCCCGGGGUGGAUGGCGCUGGAUGGUUGGCCUCGGAGCCAUCCCAGCCGGAUUACAACUCAUUAUGCUGCCUUUCUUACCAGAGUCUCGCCUCGAUAGCUCGCAUCACGGCACGACGCGGUACAUGGAGCAGACACACAAAUGUAUGGCUAAAAUCUACGCUUAUGCGACGACUGAGCAAGUGGAAGAAAAGGUCAAGCUUUUACGUGCUUCCGUUCAAGAGAGCAUUGAUAUCCAAAAUAGCACUACGUUCUUUCAGCGAUUCAAGAGCAUCCUCGUAGUACCAGUAAAUCGCCGUGCGCUCAUUGUUGCUUGCGGCCUUCAGGCAUUUCAACAACUCAGCGGCUUCAACACACUCAUGUACUACUCCGCCACUCUGUUUAAGAGCAUCGGGUUCGACAAACCGACGGCUGUUGGCUUAAUUGUUGCCGGGACAAACUUUGUUUUCACAUUGGUAGCUCUGAAGUAUAUUGAUAUUGUUGGCCGUCGUAAGAUCAUGGUGUUCACACCUCCAGGCAUGAUCUUUGGCCUCACACUUGCUUCAAUAUCGUUCUUCUAUUUGACCAAGAGUACCGGUGGUGAACUCAUUGAAGGCACAGCCUACCCGAAGACGUGGAGUGGAAUCAUCCUGUUUUCUAUGGUCUUUUAUAUUGCUUCAUAUGCAACGGGUCUAGGCAACGUCCCAUGGCAGCAAAGCGAGCUUUUUGCCCUUGAGGUUCGUGGAAUUGGAGCAUCGAUUGCAACUAGUACAUGUUGGGCGGCCAACCUUGUCAUAGGCGCAACUUAUCUAUCUUUGAUGCACGCCAUUACACCAUCGGGUGCCUUUGGACUCUAUGCCGGUUUGUGUUUUCUUGGCUGGUUGUUUUGUAUCUUCUGCUAUCCUGAGACUUCCGGUUUGUCUCUCGAGGAAGUCAAGCUCAUCUUCAGAGAUGACUUUGGCAUCAGGGCAUCCCAACGUCUGAGAGCUGCAAAGAAGCAGAUAAGGGAAAGGGGAGAUGAACCCGGAUCUCCUACCAGCCGCAAUGGCUUGACUCAUACAAUUUACCAGCAACAAAAGAUCCUCACGUUAAUAAAUACAAUGGAGCUUCAUUUCAUUCUAGCCGAACCAACGGCUCAACGGCUACACUUAAAUUUCACGGGACAGCUGUAUAUAUACGGUGCAAAACGCUUUAACCAUGGGUUCUAUAGCGUAUCAAUUGACGGGGUCAUGUCUGAGCCAGCAGAUGGCUACGCCCCUGGACAAGGACUGUUCCAAGAAUUGUUGUUUUCCAGAGAACAGCUUACUGAUACGAUACACACACUCGUCCUAACUAAUAUAAUCCGGGAUAAUGCCCGCCCGUUUGUCGAUAUCGACUGUAUUGUAUGGACCCGGAGCGUUGACCGGCAAGUAAAGCAACGCAUCAUCGCAUACAACAAAUCGUUGAUAGAUAUUAAUGCAGAGAUGCACAAAGGAAGGAAAUUGAUGACAAAGACUCGAUGUUCAGCUUUCCUGGAUCUUCUGUAUGCGCACAGCAAUAUGGGGGAUGGAGGUCAUAAAUUGGUGGUAACCAAUCUAGAGAAUAAAGUACUGUUCAUUGACUAUGUGGAAGUGAUGUCCGGAGGCUCUGGGCUGAGUCGAGGAGCUAUUGCGGGCAUAGUGGUUAGCAUUGUAGCUGGUCUGGCGCUUAUUGCUGUACCCGUUUGGUUGCUUUUUGUCAAACGUCGACGAGCCAAGCGCCGUUUCUCAACUGACCUGGUCGGCGAUUCGGACGAUUCCCAAGCAGCACCAAUGGGGUGGUAUCCGCCCGGAAAUGAUUCAAUGCUUGUUGAACCGUUCACAGAAGAACCCAAUCGGAUAAAUGUUUCAGACAUGCCCAGCUCAUCUGGUCUCAACGGGUCCCGGGUUGGGAAGAUGAGUGCCCCUGGGGUAUACACGAACAGAAACCCAGAAGCUGGAUCUGGCAUGUCGAUUUCUGAAGCUAGAACAUAUGUACAUGUUGAGAGAGAUGCAGGCGCCUUACCACCAGGCUACAACGACAUUGAUUUAUCGAGAAUGGCCGAUGGGUCUUUCCGAAAUGCCAUGUAG